AUGCAGAUCUCUGCAUUUUCGUUCUUGCUGGCAUUGGCCACGCCCGUUUUUGGCGCGGCUGGAGAUGGGGACUGGGCUGCUGCAUAUACAAAGGCUAAGGCAGCGCUGGGGAAGUUGUCAAAUCAGGAUAAGGUGAACAUGGUGACUGGCUCAGGAUGGCAGAAGGGGCCUUGUGUCGGAAACACUGUCGCGAUCAAUUCGAUCAAUUACCCCGCAUUGUGUCUCCAGGAUGGUCCCUUAGGUAUACGGUAUGCACAGCAGGUUACUGCGUUUCCGGCUGGAAUCACAACAGGAUCAACUUGGGAUCCUUCGUUGAUGUAUGCUCGCGGCUACGCGAUUGGCGAGGAAGCAAAGGGAUUAGGCGUACAUGUCCAACUCGGCCCCGUUGCUGGGCCAUUGGGAAAGAUCCCUACGGGAGGCCGAAACUGGGAAGGCUUUGCGGCUGAUCCUUACUUGUCGGGAAUAGCUAUGGCCGAGACUGUCGAAGGCAUGCAAGCCGCUGGUGUUCAAGCAUGUGCAAAACAUUACAUUGGCAAUGAGCAAGAGCUGCACCGCGGCACACAGAGCGCGAACAUCGACGAUAGAACGAACCAUGAGCUCUACUUGUGGCCUUUUGCAGACGCGGUCAAAGCGAAUGUGACCUCUGUCAUGUGCUCAUACAAUAAAUUCAAUACUACGUGGGUUUGCGAGAACAAGCAGCUACUUACUAAUAUCCUGAAAGAUGAGCUUGACUUCCAGGGAUAUGUUGUUAGUGAUUGGGCUGGACAGCAUUCCACAGCUGGGAGUGCAAAUGCGGGCCUGGAUAUGACAAUGCCGGGUGACAAUUUCGGCGACAACAAGUUUCUAUGGGGAUCUGCUCUGCUGCAGGCAAUUCAAACAUCCGAAGUACCGCAAUCUCGUCUAGAUGACAUGGUGACCCGAAUUCUAGCGUCAUGGUAUUUUGUAGGCCAAGAUAAAGGAUAUCCCAGCGUUCAAGGCUGGACAUCCUGGAACGGAGGCAUAGGUGGCCCAAAUGUCCAGGGGGAUCAUAAGAAUGUUGCCAGAGCCAUUGCCCGCGAUGGGAUUGUGCUCUUGAAGAAUGAUGACAACGCACUCCCGCUCAAAAAGCCCGCAAGCCUCGCCAUUAUCGGUGAUGAUGCGAUUGUGAAUCCAAAGGGAGCUAAUUCAUGUGAGGAUCGAGGCUGUGAUAGCGGAACUCUAGCUAUGGGUUGGGGCUCCGGAACAGCUGAUUUUCCUUACCUUAUUGCGCCCUUGGAUGCGAUCAAGGCCCAAGCAUCAAAGGACGGAACGACAAUAACCACGUCCACUACUGAUGACCCAUCGCAAGGUGCUUCUGCUGCAGCGGCAGCGGCAACCGCCAUCGUUGAAGGAGCAGCUGGGGAUCGGCUCAACCUCGAUCCAUGGCACAAUGGCAAUGACCUUGUCAAGGCUGUUGCAAACGUCAACAAGAAGACCAUUGUUGUCGUCCAUAGCGCCGGUCCCUUAAUCCUCGAGCCAAUACUCAGUCUCCCCAAUGUCGUAGCAGUUGUCUGGGCCGGGAUACCAGGCCAAGAAACAGGAAAUGGCCUUGCCGAUAUCCUCUACGGUUCCACUUCCCCCAGCGGCAAACUCCCGUACACGAUCGCGAAAGCCCCGUCCGACUACGGGGUGUCAAUCGCAAGUGGCGAUGAUAACUAUUCUGAAGGCUUAUACAUCGACUACCGCCACUUCGAUAAGAAUUCCAUCAGCCCCCGCUACGAGUUUGGGUUCGGAUUAUCAUACACCACCUUUUCGUAUUCAUCACUCACCUCAACCCCGAUCUCAACAUCCCCUGGCAGCACGACCAAAGCCCCUGGCGGUAUCUCCAAUCUGUACGACACAGUCGCGACCGUCACCGCGACAAUAACGAACAAUGGCACGGUAGCCGGCGCGGAGGUAGCGCAGCUAUACAUCGGUCUUCCUUCCUCGGCACCAGCUACACCUGUUAGACAGCUUAGGGGUUUUAACAAGAUCAGCCUUCAACCGGCGGCAUCGGCAACUGUUAAGUUCACCUUAAGGAGGAAGGACCUGAGUUAUUGGGAUUCGGGGAGUCAGAAGUGGGUUUUGCCCACUGGGACAUUCAAUGUUUUUGUUGGGGCGAGUUCAAGAGAUUUGAGGUUGACGGGAACGUUGACUGCAUAG